AUGCAGCGCGUGGGCCCCUGCUGCCGCCCCAGGCUACCGUGCAGUGGUGUAGAGAACGGCAGCAGCGGUGUAUUCAAGGACAAGGGAGAGAGAGAGAGAGAGAGAGAGAGGUUAGAAGGAAAGAGAGGUAGAAGGAAAGAGAGAGAAGAGAGGAAAGAGAGAAGGAAAGAGAGGUUAGAAGGAAAAGAGAGAAGGAAAGAGAGAAGGAACAGAGAAAGGAAAGAGAGUAGAAGGAAGGAGAGGAGAGAAACAGGUGAAGGAGAGAGAAGAGAGAAGAGAGAGAGAGAGGUAGAAGGAGAGAGAGAGAGGAGAGAGAGAGAGGUAGAAGGAGAGAGAGAGAGAGACCCGGUAGAAGGAGAGAGAGAGAGAGAGGGUAGAAGGAGAGAGAGAGAGAGAGGUAGAAGGAGAGAGAGAGGAGAGAGAGAGAGGUUAGAGGAGAGAGAAGAGAGAGAGAGAGGUAGAGGAGAGAGAGAGAGAGAGAGAGAGGGGGUAGAGAGAGAGGGGGAGAGAGAGAAGUUGGCUGAAAGAGCGGUGAAAGGGAUAUUUUUUGUUAGAAUGCGGAGGAAAUGGAGAAUGCGAUAUAAGCAACGGGAGAAGGAACGAGAAAGGAGCAGAAAGCAACUCGGGAAUGGAAGCGGAAACGGAGGUGGCGGCGGCGGCGGCGGCGGUCCCUGUGCAUCAGGGAACUUGAUUACCGCGACGUAA